AUGGCCUCCUCUCACCCCUAUGCCAAGGAGCUGGAGCUGGCGAGUCUGGCCGUCCAGCGAGCAGCUCUCCUGACCAAGGAACUGCUCUCAGCAGUCGACAAGGGCAGCUUGGACAAAAGCGACUCAUCCCCAGUGACCAUCGCUGAUUUUGCCGCACAGGCAGCGAUUAUCGCCGCGAUCCACCAGGCCUUCCCGGACGACGACAUCGUGGGCGAGGAAGACGCAACGGCGCUGCGCCAGGAUCCCGGCCUCCUCGAACGGACAUGGGAGCUAGCCACGUCUAUCCAUCUUGACGAUGAGGCUAGUGAAGCACUCCUUUACACGCCACGUACCCGAGAUGAGCUCCUAUACCUGAUCGAUCUCGGGGCCAAGGGCAAGAGCGGUCGUAGUGGAAGGGUCUGGACCCUGGAUCCGGUGGACGGCACUGCGACCUUCAUGCGCGGUCAGCAAUAUGCUGUGUGUCUGGCGCUGUUGGAAAAUGGGUGCCAGAAAGUUGGAGUGCUGGGCUGUCCGAACCUGAACCUGGGGUCGGGGCAUGUCGCCGAGGACCUCGUCGACCGAGACGGCUAUGGACAGCUUUUGUCGGCCGUGGCCGGCCACGGGGCAUCGAUCCGCCCGAUGGGCCAUGGUGGUCUUCUUCCUGCACAGCCACUAGAGAAAAUUCCGCAGAUCACCGACCCGCGCGAGUUGCGGUUCGUCGACACGCAGGCGGCAACGUCCCCAGACCUGGAGAGUCACAGCCGAGUCGCCGCCCAUUUGGGAUGCCCCUGGCCCAAUUCGGUGGAUCUCUGGUCGGCGCAGCUGCGGUAUGUGGCCAUCGCGGUGCGUGGCGGGUGUAAUGUGUUUGUCAAGAUGCCGCGCGACCGGGGAUAUCGGUCUAAGCUCUGGGACCAUGCCGGUGGCAUGCUUCUGGUGCAGGAGCUCGGCUGUACCGUGACCGAUCUCGAGGGCCAGCCGGUUGACUGCGGCUUGGGUCGAACCUUGGCUUCGUGCUACGGCAUGGUUGUGGCGCCGGCUUCCAUCCAUCCACGGGUGGUCGAAGCUGUCCAGGCAGUCCGGCAACCCAUCUCCAGUUAA